CCCUCCUUUUAUUAUUUGUGUAUAGCAAUGGGUUCUUCAUGCUGUGACCAAAUGUCACCCAAACAACUUGACACCAAAUACUCUUCCUCCCUGCGAACACCUUCCUUUUCUUCAUCGUCGUCAUCGUUGCCAUCUUCAUUUGGAUCUUCGUAUUAUAAAAACGAUUCCCCUCUCAGUCCGGUGACUCCGGUCCGAUAUUCAGGAGUACCAUUUUCAUGGGAACGUUUACCAGGGAUCCCUAAGAUGCUACAAAGCCACAAGAAGAAAGAUUCCAUCAAGUUGCUGCCAUUGCCACCACCAACCUCCAAGGAAGCUUCAUUCAACCGAAAGAAAUCUUCCUCUUCCACAUCCACUUCCACCGCCGUCGCGGAGAGUUUCCGAAAGGACCCAUUUUUCACAGCGUUGGUGGAAUGUUCCAAGGAUGAUGAAGAUGAUGAUGAACGAUCAUCAAGCAAAUUCAGGAGUGGAGCUAAGAUUACAAGGAGUAUCAGUGACAGGUUCGGGUUCAUUAAUCUUUACACUUGUUGUAAAAGAACAUGUGCAGUUUCAGAAUCAAUAGUCUAUCUUCCAAGGCGUAGCAGCAGAACAGGAACAGCUAAGUAUGGCCUAAUCAAUCGUCGCUCUCGUUAACUGCUCCGCAACACCCCAUUAAUUCUUUAUCACUUGAGGGGGUUAAUUCUGAUGAUGCUGUUAAAACAUUUGUUUUUUAAUUUAUUAUUGUUCUUUGUAUUUUUGUAUGCAAUAUGAGGAGAAAAAUGAUGAUGCAUGUCUUCGAGACUGAAAAUCAUUAGUAAAGUUGCAUGUGAUGUUUAAUGAGAAUAUGAGUGAAGAUUACAUUA